AUGGCUAUGCGCCGUCAACCCAUUUCGCUCCCACCUCCCGUCUCCUUUGAACGUGGACGACCGUACCCCGCCCGCCGUGCAAGCGACAGUGACAGCAGCAUGUUCCGCCCCCCAGCCCAGCGGUCUACUUGGGUCACGGCACCUCGCAACCACUCGGCUUCUCCCCCGCUCAUGGCCAUCUUGGAACACGGCCACGAUGGCAAGCGCAUCCACCCCGAAAACGAGUACCACCGCCGCCUCAAGGCUGCAUCCAAGCGUGACCGUCACAAGCUGGCCAAGGAGGACGAGUAUGCACUUGACCGCUCUCUCGCGCAGGUUGCUCCCGAGCACGCGUGUGCACGUUGCAAGUCCCAGCGAUGGCGGUGCUACAUCCCUCGCGACCCCCACUCGCCCCGCCGUACUUGCCUGCCCUGCGGAAAGAACAAGUGCACGUUUGGUGGAUCAAAGUCGCGCCCACCCACCGUCGCAGAGGUCGCCGCAAACGCCACAUCCAUCACACUUCCUCUGCCUGUUGCCACAAGCCAGCGCCGCGCAUCAGUGUCGAUUGCGUCUUCAGCCUCGAGCUCGUCGAGCUCCUCCGUCUCGUCAACGUCUGACCGCUUGGGCCUCGACAUGGUCGACAACAAGCUCCCCCGCCCGCGCCUCGCGCCUCCCCGUCCCACGCUGCUCAAGAGCGAGUUCCAGUCGUACCGCUCCCUCGCACCCACGCCGCCACACACAUCGGCCUCUCUCCCUACUCCACAGCUCUCGCCCGCCAUCAGCGCCGACGCUUUCCAACACUCGCACCUCCCCACCUCGCCGCGUGACGGCUUCUUCCUGCCCCCCACGAGGGACACUCGUCCGCUUCCCCCGCGCCACAUCCAGAUGCCAGAGCGUGGGCAAAGUGACCGUCGCAUGUCUGUCCCCGCCCUCCUUUCGUCGCCGACACCAUCCACCACCUCGCCCACGUCCAGCGCCCCCGCCACACCCGCGGCGACCGUCAUUGCCCCGCCGGCAGAGGACGCCCCCACGCCCUUCGACCGCGACAGGCGCGAGCGCGAGCGCAGCCACUCGCACUCGUACCACCCGUACCAGCCAAAGGAGUACAUGCCCAGCCACCACUCAUACUCGCACGGGUCGUACCGCGGCUCGACGUACGGCAGCGCCGACAUGCCCCCUCCCACCGAGGACCUGCGCCACCUCCUCCUCGACUGCGCCGAGCGCUCGCCGCGCGACCCGCGCCCGCGCCGCAUUGCCGAGAGCAUGCUGGGCGGCGUGCGCGAGCAGUGGGUGUCAUCCAUCAUCGCCGCCCAGCAUCGCGGCGAGGCGCGCAGGCACGACGCCGAGGCCCAGUUCCAGAUGGGCAGGGGCCUGCAGCAGGCCCGGGACGCGUUUUCCCGCGUCAUGGACCGCGAGUGA